AUGGCACGGUCUUCAUCUAACGGACUCGGAUCCCCGGGUCCCACUCUGCCACGCUCUGUUCGACAGCGUGCAGCCAACCUGAGUGAGGGAGAAAUCAGUGUCUUUGAUCUUGGUCCUAGUCUGCAGGCUACUCCAAUUCCUGCCUCACGAAUCCAUCGCAAUACGGGUUUGCUAAGAGAGAAUCCCGCACUGUACACUGCUCUUGAUAGUCUGGCGACAGAUAAUGGCAGAAAUGAACGACGACUGUGCACUGAGGACCUAGAAUCGGAGGCUGUCAGCUCUGCCAGUGAAGACAUACCCAACCCGCACCCUUUCAGCCAAUGCGAGCGUCGCCGGAACGUCAUGAUUUCUCGUGGCCCUGAAUUAGCCAAUUUUGGUACUCGACCUGGUCGACAACUUCGUGACAGCCGCGUUGCUUCCUCCGAUGACGUUCAGAGUCUUGGGCAUGGUUACGGAUACGGAUAUGGCUAUUCGAUGCAGGACAAUCACCUUCACUUCUCCGAUGAAUCGAACAGUCACGUUAUGGCCCGGUCUGUUCCUCACUCUCCACGAUCACCUCCUGCGCCCCUUCGUCGUGUACUCUAUCCGUUAAUUUACUACGGUGUCGUCGGCCCUGAGCACUCUAACUUGCGUAACGUCGAGCAGGCAAACAACCCAACUUCCGGAAACAGCUCGGCAGACCCUCGGUACUGGAAUGAGGAAAAUCAGCAGUCAGAUGCUUUUGAGAAGCGCUGGGAUUGA